AUUUGUAGUAAUUGUGGAGACAGACUGGGGGUCGUUUCAUCGCACCAGUUGGUAUAAAUGUGUCUGUAUAGCUGUGACUUCACGCAGUGACACAGGAAGUGGUUAAAAGCUUUUGUAUUUGAUGUGAUAAAGUCAAACCACUUGCUUUCACAGGCUGUGAGAGACCAGAGAGGGGGAGAUAAUCAACGGCUCGCCGUGGAUGCAUCUAAUUAAAAUGCCCUUAAAUAAGUAAAACAUGCUGUUUAUAAGAGUUUGCAGACUGCUUCCUACUGUGUCAGUGUCCCUGGCAUUACCAAGACACCGAGUUAUCCGCCGCAGCAUGGCCUCGGACCCGGCAGCAACAGAGACCACCCGCUUUGACUUUCUGGUGAUCGGUGGCGGUUCCGGAGGUCUGGCCGGGGCUCGGAGGGCGUCGGAGCUCGGAGCAGCCACCGCCGUGAUCGAGAGUCACAAACUCGGAGGUACCUGCGUGAAUGUUGGCUGUGUCCCUAAGAAGGUUAUGUGGAACGCAGCAGUUCAUGCUGAGUAUCUCCAUGAUCACAAUGACUAUGGCUUUGACGUUGGAAAUGUUCGUUUCAGUUGGGAAACUCUUAAAGCCAAAAGGGAUGCCUAUGUUAGUCACCUAAAUCGCAUUUAUCGCAACAAUCUUGACAAGGCCAAAAUCCAAACUAUUCAAGGCCAUGCCAGGUUCACAAAUGACCCUGAGCCUACUGUGGAGGUUAAUGGAAGAAAAUACACAGCGCCUCACAUCCUCAUUGCCACUGGGGGGCAGCCUUCUGUUUUGAGUGAUACUGAAGUUCCUGGGGCAAGUCUUGGCAUUACCAGUGAUGGCUUUUUUGAGCUUGAAACUCUGCCAAAGCGCAGUGUAAUUGUGGGUGCUGGUUAUAUUGCAGUGGAGAUGGCAGGCAUCCUUUCCACCCUCGGCUCCAAAACAUCUCUCAUUAUCAGACAGACAGGAGUUCUGAGGAACUUUGACAGCUUCAUAAGCACAAACUGCACCAAAGAGCUGCAGAACUCUGGCAUAGACUUGUGGAAGAACACUCAGGUGAGGUCUGUGCGUAAAAUGGACCAAGGUCUGGAGGUGACGCUCGUCACCAAAGACCCGGAGAAGAAGAACGACGAGGAGAAGAUCAGCACCAUUCAGGAGGUGGACUGUCUUCUCUGGGCCAUCGGCAGGCAGCCAAACACCUCUGGACUGAACAUUGGCGAGAUGGGUGUGGAUACAGAUGAAAGAGGCCAUAUCAUUGUAGAUGAGUUUCAGAACACCAGUCGAUCAGGGAUCUACGCCGUAGGAGACGUUUGUGGCAAAGCUCUUCUCACACCUGUUGCCAUUGCUGCAGGCAGAAAGCUGGCACACAGACUGUUUGAGGGCAAGAAGGACUCCAAGCUGGACUACUCCAGUAUUCCCACAGUGGUGUUCAGUCACCCACCCAUUGGUACAGUGGGCCUCACAGAAGACGAGGCCAUUAAAUCUAGAGGAAAGGAGAAUGUGAAGAUUUACAAGACUUCUUUCACCCCGAUGUAUCACGCCAUCACAAGCAGGAAGAGUCAGUGCAUCAUGAAGCUGGUGUGUGUGGGCAAGGAGGAGAAGGUGGUGGGCCUGCACAUGCAGGGUCUGGGCUGUGAUGAGAUGCUGCAGGGCUUUUCUGUGGCCAUCAAAAUGGGCGCUACCAAAGCAGACUUUGACAAGACUAUUGCCAUUCACCCCACCUCAUCUGAGGAGUUUGUCACAAUGCGCUAAUGCAGACACAAACGCCCCCUACUUCCCUAUACGACCAGCACCCCAGACAAGCAUACAAGGACAGAGUCACCACUCCAUACUACUCUCGCAUCAGCUUGACGACUUGCUUUCUAAAGCUACCUACAUACUUCCAUUUUCUCUCAUUUGACAGACCUUACUUGUGCCUAGUGUUUAACUCUUUUUUUCUUCUCAUUUUUACCUAAACAGACCAAGACCGAGUUAUGGUCUUCUUAAACUGUGCUGGAUUCCAUUUUAAUGAUUGUGAAAUGGAAGUGAUCAAUCUGCAGGUAUUGUUGUCAAGUGAUUGCAUGGGAAGUUGAAAGACCUCUCUCCUAGUGUAUGUGUUUGAUUUGUCAGUCAUUUGUCAGAUUAAUUUUACAAACACUGCUGCUUCUUAAGGCACCUAUUUACUACCAGUGCAAGGUCAUAACAUAUCUAUUGUACUGUUUUGAAGAUUCAAUAAACCUGCAGGUUUUUUCUUA